AUGGCUGCCGCGGAGGAGAACACCUCGCUGUUCCUGAUCUUCAUCCUCACCAUGAUCGCACUGCCGCUCGUGCCCUACACCAUCAUGCGCCUCUGCCGCGCCGCCUCCGAGAAGGUCAAGACCAUCCACUGCCGCUGCUCGGGGUGCCGCCGCUCCGGCAAGUACCGCAAGUCGAUCUACAAGAGGAUAUCCAACUUCUCGACGUGCAGUAACCUGACCAUCGUUCUGCUCUGGAUCGUGAUGAUCUUCCUGGUUUACUACAUCAAGCAUGUUAGCCGUGAGGUCCAAGUUUUUGAGCCUUUCAGCAUUCUUGGACUGGAACCUGGGGCAUCUGAAUCUGAAAUCAAGAAAUCAUACAGGAGGCUUUCUAUUCAAUAUCAUCCUGAUAAAAAUCCUGAUCCAGAGGCCCAUAAGUACUUCGUUGAAUACAUAUCCAAGGCAUAUCAGGCAUUAACUGAUCCUGUGUCUCGUGAAAAUUAUGAGAAGUAUGGUCACCCUGAUGGGCGGCAGGGGUUGCAAAUGGGCAUUGCUUUGCCCAAGUUCUUACUGAAUAUUGAUGGUGCAUCUGGUGGGAUAAUGCUUUUAGGAAUAGUGGGAUUUUGUAUACUGUUGCCCUUGAUGAUAGCAGUUAUUUAUUUGUCAAGGUCCUCAAAGUAUACUGGAAAUUAUGUCAUGCAUCAGACACUGUCCACUUACUACUACUUUAUGAAGCCAUCUCUUGCUCCAAGCAAAGUUAUGGAUGUCUUCAUCAAGGCUGCAGAAUAUAUGGAGAUGCCGGUUCGACGCAGUGAUGAUGAACCCCUGCAGAAAUUGUUUGUAGCUGUUAGAAGCGAGUUAAAUCUGGACUUAAAGAACAUUAAGACAGAACAAGCAAAAUUCUGGAAGCAGCAUCCAUCACUAGUAAAGAUGGAACUCUUGAUUCAGGCCCAUCUCACUCGGGAGUCAUUUGCCUUGACCCCAGCACUUCUAAAAGAUUACAGGCACAUGCUUGAACUUGCACCUCGUCUUCUAGAAGAACUCGUUAAGAUUGCAGUUCUACCACGGAAUCCCCAUGGUUUUGGAUGGCUCAGGCCAGCAACUGGUGUUAUUGAGCUUUCUCAAAAUAUCAUCCAGGCUGUACCGCUAAGUGCGCGAAAAGCUAGUGGAGGUAACUCGGAAGGAAUAGCGCCUUUCUUGCAGUUGCCGCAUUUCACAGAGGCAACUGUGAAAAAGAUAGCUCGCAAGAAAAUCCGUGCAUUCCAAGAACUGUGCGACAUGUCUGUGGAGGAUCGUGCCAAAUUGCUGACACAAGUUGCCGGGCUUUCUGAAGAACAAGCUUGUGACGUGGAGCUCGUACUGGAGAUGAUUCCUUCUAUUGAAGUUGAUAUUAAGUGUGAGACUGAGGGUGAAGAGGGCAUUCAAGAGGGUGAUGUCGUGACGAUGUAUGCUUGGGUCUCGCUUCAGCGCCGCAAUGGACUAACUGCUGCUCUUCCCCAUUGUCCCAAUUUCCCAUUCCACAAGGAAGAAAAUUUCUGGUUGCUUCUAGCAGACGCUGCAUCGAAUGAUGUCUGGUUAUCCCAAAAGGUCAGCUUCAUGGAUGAGGCAACUGCCAUUACUGCAGCAUCAAAAGCUAUACAAGAAACCCAGGAGGCUUUGGGUGCAAGUGCAAAGGAAAUAGGAAUUGCAGUUAGGGAGGCAGUUGACAGGGUGAAGAAAGGCAGUAGGUUGGUAAUGGGCAAGUUUCAAGCUCCAGCAGAGGGCACUCACAACCUGACUUCCUUCUGUUUGUGCGACUCGUGGAUAGGCUGCGACACCAAGACCAGCUUCAAGCUGAAGGUCCUGAAGCGCAGCCGCGCAGGAACCAGGGGCCACGUGCCUGAGGAAGGGCCGGUGGCAGCAGCAGAGGAUGGGAUUGAGGAGGAAGAGGAGGAAGAGGAAGAGGAGUAUGAUGACUAUGAGAGUGAGUACAGCGAUGACGAGGAGGAUGAGAAGAACAAGGGGACGGGAAAGGGGAAGGUGGCGAACGGAGUGGUCCAUCAAGGGGUUGACUCUGAUAUAGAUUCUGGCAGCGAUGAGUGAUACUAUACAAGCAAUAGACGCUUAACACCAUUCUGUUUUGACUUUUGUACCCCGUGAAUUUUAACAUACCCCCUAUUUAUAGAGUCGUAAUAGUUGGUUUUUCUCAUUAUAUCCUCAUGUUAGAUGGAUGAAAAAUAACUGAGGUGAGGCUGAUGGUUACGAAUGGACCUGGACCGAAUAAAACCAGUUGAUCGGGGGUUAACGAAAGGGUCA